AUGAAACACAUCAUGGCAUUCAUGGUGAUGAUAAUGGAGAUUGCCAUAUUAUCAACAGCCUUGGCCAUGGUAGCAUCUCGAGCCUUACCCGGGUGUGACGAACAGUGUGGCGACGUGCAGAUUCCAUAUCCAUUCGGCAUCAAAGAAGGGUGCUAUCUCAAUCAAAAUUUCUCGAUCACUUGCAACAAAACGAUCGCAAUGGACCUUCACGUGUUGCAGCCAGUAGUGCGAACUUGCUAUGACCAAGUAAAUGGUAGUUUUGUUCCCAAGGAAUCCAAUCUUUCUUUGCCGGCCAUGUUCUCAAUUUCUGGUACCAAAAACAGGUUCGUUACCAUUGGGUGCAACACUCUUAGUGUAAUCGCUGGAAAUCACCAAGGGAGUUUGUAUGGAAGUGGGUGUCUUUCGGUGUGUUUAAAUAAGAGUAGUGUAGUUAAUGGGCCGUGUUCUGGCAAUGGGUGCUGUCAGUUGGAGUUUCCAAAUGGGUUAACCAAUUUGAGUUUGGCGGUGAGUGGGUUUUUGAAUUUCACUGACGUAAGGACAUUCAAUCCCUGUGGGUAUGCUUUUGUAAUUGAAGCUGAUAGGUUCCGGUUUUUGUCACGUUAUAUUGAGAAUUUUGAAGAGGAAGUUGAGGUUGUGCUUGAUUGGGGCAUUAGAAAUGAAACAAGAUUUGAAUGUGGAUCAAACACCACAAGGAGUAGUAUCCUUGAUGGAACUGAAUAUCGUUGCCAAUGCUUGGAUGGUUACGAUGGGAAUCCAUAUCUCCCUCAAGGAUGCCAAGAUGUGAAUGAAUGCAAGUCUGGAUGGCUGAAUGACUGUAUGCACAAGGCCAAGUGUAUUAACACUGAAGGAAACUAUACCUGUCGUUGUCCUAAGAACUUCCAUGGAGAUGGAAGAGAAGGCGGAGAAGGUUGCACCAAAAAUUCCACCUCUUCCAUUCCUAUCAUAAUUGGAAUUGGGUUAGGCCUCGUAGUUCUACUAAUUGCCAUCACAACCAUAUACUUAUGCUAUAAAAAGUUGAAGUUCAUCAAACAAAAACAGCGUUUUUUCCACAAAAACGGAGGCUUUGUGCUUCAACGACAGCUUUCUCAAUGCAAUUCACCUAAAGACAUCGUAAGAAUCUUCAGCCAAGAAGAGUUAGAGAAGGCCACCAACAACUACGCCAAAGACACCAUUGCUGGCAAUGGUGGCUACGGUACCGUUUACAAAGGUGUCUUGGACGAUGGACUCACGGUUGCAAUCAAGAAAUCAAAAUUCAUGGACGAAUCCCAAACAUCCCAAUUCAUCAAUGAAGUCGUUGUUCUUUCCCAAAUCAACCAUCGAAACGUGGUCAAGCUCUUAGGGUGUUGUUUGGAGACCCAAGUCCCAUUGUUGGUCUACGAGUUCGUCACCAACGGCACCCUCUUCGAUCACAUUCAUGACACUACCAAACACGUCCCACUUUCUUGGGAAGCUCGCUUGAGAAUCGCUUCGGAAACAGCCGGUGUCAUUUCGUAUUUGCAUUCUUCAGCUUCUAUUCCCAUCAUCCAUAGAGAUAUCAAGACCACCAACAUACUUUUAGACGAUAAUUACACUGCAAAGGUCUCUGAUUUUGGUGCUUCCAAGUUGGUUCCUAUGGAUCAAACUCAGCUAACCACGCUCGUGCAGGGGACUCUUGGGUACUUAGACCCUGAGUACUUAUUGACGAGCGAGUUAACUGAGAAGAGUGACGUGUAUAGCUUUGAAAUUGUGCUUCUGGAGCUUAUAACGGGAAAGAAAGCGGUGAGGUUUGAUGGGCCGGAAGAAGAUCGAAACCUAGCGAUGUAUGUCCUUUGUGCAAUAAAAGAAGAGCGUUUGGAAGAAGUGGUGGAGAAGGGAAUGGUGAGUGAGGCAAACAUGGAGCAAAUAAAGGAAGUGGCUAAGGUAGCAAGAGAGUGUGUAAGAAUCAAAGGGGAGGAGAGGCCGAGCAUGAAGGAGGUGGCUAUGGAGUUGGAGGGGCUGCGGGCAACGAAGGGUGAGCAUUCAUGGGCCAAUGUCAAUUUAUCCAGCGCAGAAGAGACGGUGUAUUUGCUGGAUGGAGCAUCCGAGUCGAGCCAAUUGGUUGGGAGUGGAAGUAUGGGCACUGUGGGGAAUAGCAUAAAGCUGGAAAUAACACUCAUAGAGCAUGGUAGAUAUCUUUACAAUUUCUACACACCAACAACACCCAUUUGUCCUCUCAUGGUGAUGAAGAUCAAACCCAUCAUGACAUUCUUGGUGAUGAUGAACAUAGCCAUAUUAUCAACACCCUUGGUCGUGGAAGCAUCUGAAGCCUUACCCGGGUGCGACGAAUGGUGUGGCAAGGUGCACAUUCCAUAUCCAUUCGGCAUAAAAAAAGGGUGCUAUCUCAAUCAAAAUUUCUCGAUUACUUGCCACAAAACCGGACCUCCAAAGGCAGAGGCGUUUCUAAUGCAUACCAAUAUUAGGGUUAUGAAUAUAUCUACUAACGGUGAGCUUCACGUGUUGCGGCCGAUAGUGCGAAAUUGUUACAGCUACGGAGAUAAUUAUUUAGAUAUGAACGAAACGGAUCUUUCUGUGCCGACCAUGUACCCACUUUCUCGUUCCAAAAAUAAGUUCAUUACCAUUGGGUGCAAUCAUGUUGGGUUAAUCUUGGGGGACGACCAAGGGACUAACGUUGAAAGUGGGUGUAUUUCGGUGUGUACGAGGAGAAGUAGUGUCGUUGAUGGGUUGUGUUCUGGAAGUGGGUGCUGUCAGUUGGAUAUUCCAAAAGGGUUAACCAAUUUGAGUUUGGCGGUGGGUGAGUUGUUGAAUUACACUGAAAUACGGAAAUUCAGUCCCUGUGGGUAUGCUUUUAUAAUUGAAGCUAAGAGGUUCCAGUUUUUGUCAAGUUAUAUUGAUAAGUUUGAAGAGAAGGAAGUUGAGGUUGUGCUUAGUUGGGGCAUUAGAAAAGAAUUAGAACUUGAUUGUGGACUAAACGCCAGAAGGAAUAAUAGUAUCUUUAGUGAAACUCAUUAUCGUUGCCAAUGCUUGGAUGGUUACCAGGGGAAUCCAUAUCUCCCUCAAGGAUGCCAAGAUGUGGAUGAAUGCACGUAUCCAUGGCUGAAUGACUGUGAGCACAAGGACAAGUGUUCUAACACUGAAGGAAACUAUACCUGCCAUUGUCCUAAGAACUUCCAUGGAGAUGGAAGAAAAGGCGGAAAAGGUUGCACCCAAAAUCCCACCUCUUCCAUUCCUAUCAUCAUUGGAAUUGGGUUAGGCCUCGUAGUUCUACUAAUUGCCAUCACAACCAUAUACUUAUGCUAUAAAAAGUUGAAGUUCAUCAAACAAAAACAGCGUUUUUUCCACAAAAACGGAGGCUUUGUGCUUCAACGACAGCUUUCUCAAUGCAAUUCACCUAAAGACAUCGUAAGAAUCUUCAGCCAAGAAGAGUUAGAGAAGGCCACCAACAACUACGCCAAAGACACCAUUGCUGGCAAAGGUGGCUACGGUACCGUUUACAAAGGUGUCUUGGACGAUGGACUCACCGUUGCAAUCAAGAAAUCAAAAUUCAUGGACGAAUCCCAAACAUCCCAAUUCAUCAAUGAAGUCGUUGUUCUUUCCCAAAUCAACCAUCGAAACGUGGUCAAGCUCUUAGGGUGUUGUUUGGAGACCCAAGUUCCAUUGUUGGUCUACGAGUUCGUCACCAACGGUACCCUCUUCGAUCACAUCCAUGACACUACCAAACACGUCCCACUUUCUUGGGAAGCUCGCUUGAGAAUCGCUUCAGAAACAGCCGGAGUCAUUUCGUAUUUGCAUUCGUCAGCUUCUAUUCCCAUAAUCCACAGAGAUAUCAAGACGACCAACAUACUUUUAGAUGAUAAUUACACUGCAAAGGUCUCUGAUUUUGGUGCUUCCAAGUUGGUUCCUAAGGAUCACACUCAGCUAACCACGCUCGUGCAAGGGACUCUUGGGUACUUAGACCCUGAGUACUUAUUAACGAGCGAGUUAACUGAGAAGAGUGAUGUGUAUAGCUUUGGAAUUGUGGUUCUGGAGCUUAUAACGGGGAAGAAAGCGGUGAGGUUUGAUGGGCCGGAAGAAGAUCGAAAUCUAGCCAUGUAUGUCCUUUGUGCAAUGAAAGAAGAGCGUUUUGAAGAAGUGGUGGAGAAGGGAAUGGUGAGUGAGGCAAACAUGGAGCAAAUAAAGGAAGUGGCUAAGGUAGCAAGAGAGUGUGUAAGAAUCAAAGGGGAGGAGAGGCCGAGCAUGAAGGAAGUGGCUAUGGAGUUGGAGGGGCUGCGAGCAACGAAGGGUGAGCAUUCAUGGGCCAAUGAUAGCCUAUCCGCCGCACAAGAGUCGAGCCCAUUUGUUGAGAGUGGAAGUAUGGGCGCUGUGGAUGAUAGCAUAAAGCUGGAAUUGCCACAUGUCGAACAUGGUAGAUGAUCUUAUCAUAAAUGUUUUUAUUUAGUGCAGAUUUCCUUUCUUAAUUUAGAUCUCGUGUCUUAAUCUUGUUCAUCAAUUUUCAGUAGAACAAAAUAAAGCUGUAAAUAUCAUGUGUGUUUGGUUGGAAAGAGGAGUGAAAGUAUUCCUUUUAUAA